CGAAAACCAACUCUGUCCACAAUUCUCUCUGCACCUCUCCCUGCAUUGUUGGCCUGCACAUUUCCAUUGCCAGCUUCUCCUCAGCCAAGAGCUCAAGAUCCACAAAAGGCAAACAAAAAUAACAGAUCAAAACAUUUUGGCAAAAGAAUUUUGUUUUCCACAAUCCAAGAACAGGACCGGAGCGCGGAAGUCGGAACACGGUUGACGCCAUUGCCAUGCGCAUCGCCUCCCGGCCCUUGACGCACGCCUAGCCAGCCAGCGUUCCCGGCCGAUCGUCAGCUGACUCGACGACGACAACGACGAUGCCGCUCAAGCAGGACGACGGCCAGGUCCAAGGGCAAGCGCCGCCCGGAGGCAGCUUGUGCUUGUGGAUGGUCACGGUGCUCCUCCUCCUCUCCCUGCUCGCCGGCGGCGGGUGCCUCGCCGCCUACAUCCUGCUGCCACCACACGAGAUGCCGGCCUGGCUCCCCGCCGUCGGCCUGGCGCUUGUCGCGCUCCCCUGGGCGUUCUGGAUCCUCACGUGCGCGUACCGGUGCGCCGUGGCCCGGGCCGCUGAGCGCAGAAUGAUGGCCGUCGCGCCGGCAGCCUCCGGCAGCAUGUGCUCGCGCUCCGGCUCAUGA